UUCCCUAGCGCCCCUCUGUACCCAGCCUGGGGGACUUUUUCUGGGGGCUGGAACCGGCCCCUGGGGCAGCCCCGGGCUCUGCCGACACCAGUCCCUGAGCCGGAGCCUGCAGGCUGCAGAAUCGUGUCCCAGUCCAGUUUAUCCCACACUUCUGAGGAACAGGGAAGGGCCAUGUCUGCAGCGGAGCCAGUGACCUUCGAGGAGGUGGCUGUGUAUUUCUCCAAGGAGGAAUGGGCUCUGCUGGACCAGGGUCAGAGAGCCCUCUACAGAGGUGUGAUGCAGGAGAAUUAUGAGACUGUGAACUCGCUGGAAAUCCUGAAUUCCCAACCUGACACAAUCUCCUGGCUGGAAGAAGGGGAGAAGCCAUGGGUCCCUGAUCUCCAGGGCUAUGAGGAAAGGGAGAUCUUGAGAGAUGCCCACACAGGCUGUGGAAUAGGUCCCAGUCCAAGUUAUCCCACACUCCUGAAUAACGGGAGUGACAUGGCUGCAGUGGAGCUGGUGACCUUCAAGGAGGUGGCUGUGUAUUUCACCAAGGAAGAAUGGGCUCUGAUAGACCCAGGUCAGAGAGCCCUCUACAGGGACGUCAUGCGGGAGAAUUAUGAGACUGUGACCUCACUGGGAUUUCCAAUUUCCAAACCUGACGUGAUCUCCCGGCUGGAACUAGGGGAGGAGCCGUGGGUCCCUGAUCUCCAGGCUUACGAGGAAAGGGAGAUCCUGAAAGAUGUCCACAGGGCAGGUGAGGAGAUGAUGAACGAGAACAAGGAGGAGAACUAUGAGCAGGAAGGUUCUGAACAACUGGAGCCACAUGGGAUGGCAUUGGGAAGAGCCGAAGGAGAUGUUUCCCAGAGUCCUGAGUGGGGAGAAGCCCGUAAGAGUCAGCACUGGCCAGAGAGACAGCAGGGAAACCACCAAGAGGAGAGAUGGGAUAAAUCCAUGCAGAGGAUCAGAGGAGUCGGAAAAAUCAAAGAAUCUGUUCACCAGAGAGUUCCCACAGAAGAGAGAUCUCACAUGUGCGGUGACUGUGGAAAAAGUUUCCCUUGGAAAUCAUUCCUUAUUAUUCACCAGAGAAUCCACACAGGAGAAAAACCUUAUAAGUGUCCUAACUGCGAGAAAAGCUUCAGCCAGCGCUCAAACCUCACCAAACAUCAGAGAGUCCACACGGGAGGGAAGCCUUACAAAUGUCUCGAAUGCGGGAAAAGCUUCAGUUGUAGCUCAACCCUCACUGCACACCAGGUAAUCCACAUGGGAGAGAGACCUUAUAAAUGCCAUGAGUGUGGAAAAAGCUUCAGUGAUAGAUCCACCUUCAGUACGCACCAGAGAAUCCACACGGGAGAGAGACCCUAUAAAUGCCUGAGCUGUGGGAAAAGUUUCAGGGAUCGAUCAACAUUUAAUAAACACCAAAGAAUCCACACGGGAGAGAAACCACAUAAAUGCUCCAAAUGUGGGAAAAGUUUCCGUCAGCUCACGCAACUCGUUAGGCACCAGAGACUUGACACAGGAGAAAAACCCUACAAAUGCCUGACGUGUGGGAAAAGCUUCCGGGAUAGAUCCACCUGUAAUGAACACCAGAGAAUCCACACGGGAGAAAAACCUUAUGAAUGCCCUGAGUGCGGGAAAAACUUCCGGUACAGCUCAGCCUUUAUUAGGCAUCAGAGAAUUCACAGAGGAUGCAAACCCUAGGAGUGUCCUGACUAGGGAUGAGUGAAAUGAGUAACACCUUUGCUGAUUCCCAUGAACGUCAGUGAGUCAGGCCAGGUCGGAGGGGCCAUAUACUGGGGACAUGGAAUAGUUAUUAAAGCAAAGAAUGUAAUCACCUUUCUGGGACAGAGGCAUGCAGAGCAAAAGGCUGAGAUAAGAUUUCCACGUUGUGAUGGGAAUUUGAUUAUUACUUCCUGAGAAGUUCUGAACAUCCACUGAUCAGCUCCUACCCACAAUUGGCCAAUUAAUUUCACAGUCUAGGAGUGCUCUUGGAUUCAUCACUGAUGCUGAGCUCUCAUGUAGCAACGUCCAUGCUUUCUAUAGUUCUUGGUUGGCAAGCAGACUACAAAGACCCCGCCUCAGUUAUUUACACCUUUGUCACUUCUUGUGUGGAGUACCGCAAUGCUAUAGAAUUGCACCUAGGAAACUCCGAGUACAGAAGCACUGCAGUGCAUCUCCUCAGCUACACAAGCUACAGCAAGCCCAUCACACUUGUCCUUGCUCCCGACAGUGGCUUUGCAUAGAAUAAUGAAUCAAGUCCAAGGUCUUGGUCCUUAUCCAUGGUGCUCCUUGUAGAGAUCUAAAAAACUGCCUUAAGCUCCGGGCUCGAGAUGGGGGUUGAAAACGUCACCCUUCUGGCACAAUGGAACUCUCAAUAAUAAGGGUAAAGCUCGUGUGUUCAUGACACAGGUCUCUAUUGUUGGCUGGUCUGAGACUGUGGAAUGAACUCUCGAAGCAGCUAAGGACCAUCUCACACCUUACUGUCUUCCAUGCCAAAUGCCAGGCACAUUUCAUUGACCUGCAUUCUCUAACUUAAAUGCACAAUGCCAUGUAUAUAGACAAAAAAAACCCAACCUCCACUGAGCACAUACCUCAUCCUGGAGAGAGGAUAAGAGAACAAACAGCACAUGAAAGAUGUUAAGUUAUGUGAUUAAUAUGCUACUGGAAGGUGCUCAGAUACUACAGUGAUUAAUGCAGUUUUAUAGCAGACCACCAGGUCUGAGUUAUAAUUUUAAAGCAGCUUUCUGUGUAUAGUUUGAUUCUUGUAAGUGCUCUAAAAUCUGCACAGUUACUUGGAUUGCCAUGAAAUGUGGUGUGCCUCCUCAGGGCAUGGGGUGGGAUUACUGGUCCAAAUUUGGGGUCAUUGAAAAAUCGGUUCCUGAGAUACCACCCCCCAAAAGCAGUUUUUCUUAAGGUUCAUGGAUUCUACCAAUUUUCUUUGCACAGAGCUAGGGAUGAAACCAAGGCACAAGAGUCUCAAUCGCUCUAGUGCUACUCCCAGAGAAUGCAUGGACCGAACCAUCCCUCUGGGGGAAUAAAACUGAAAACAGUAUUAGUGAGAGUUUAGCUCUCAAAUUAGGUGUGUACAUAGCACUCCCACACCAAAUGGAUCGCACUGUGUGUGUGCUGUCUGAGAGGCCAGGGGCAUUGGUAGCCAGCUGCAACUUCUAGCAGCUGUGUGGCUCAAGGCAAAAUGUUCUGGCGAUUGCUCCAGUGUAAAUUCAAACCCCGCUGUGGAUAGAAAUCUGUAGGGAAACAUCAGAGGCAUUUUGUGACAAUCUGCCUCUGUCAAAGAGGAUUUUUUAUUUUAUUUUGGGGAAUUGUAAUCUGAGUGCAGCAGGAGAUUCAGAAGGCGCUUGUGCUAUUUUUGAAAAGAAAAUAAAUUAUAUGUGUCACUGCUGGGAGGAGAAGGAAAUAUUUAGGGAUGGAAGGGGGGGAAUAG